UGCACAUCAGAGCAAAAAACCAAGCCAGGAGUGAAAGGAGCUGACUGCACAGCACAGAGACAGGAUUGUGUUGAGGCGUAAAUCAGGGGAAGGCUACAAAUAAAUUAAAAUGUAGUAAUAACAGCUAAGACUCUUCCCAGAGCUGGUUAUUCAGGAGCUGGAGGGCCUUGUUAAGAGUAGUGAUCAACCCGAUGGGCCUUCAAGUUGAGCUCUACAGAUUUCCUGUGUGGAGAAACUCUCAGACGGAGGACAACCAGUAUUAAGGGUCAUGUCUGGAGGACACCAGACACCGCUCAUCACCUGCACAAUACCGUCCCAUCUGUGAAGCAUGGGGGCAGCAGCUGCUGGGUUUACGCUAGGAGUCGCCGCUCCCUCUGCGGAUUUCCAACUGGGGCUCCUGCGCCAUAUUGGCAGUCUCCUCCAUCUCGGCAGACGUCGAGCAUGCACGUCUCUACCCGGUUACUGAGGAGCUCUGUGUAAAUACUCACAGCUUCCUGCGAGCCGCACCGCUUCACCAUGGAGGCCGUCAAAGCCUUCAACAAUGAGCUGUACUCGCUCAACGAGUACAAGCCGCCCAUCUCCAAGGCCAAGAUGACUCAGAUCACCAAGUCUGGAAUCAAAGCUAUAAAAUUCUACAAACACGUUGUCCAGAGUGUAGAAAAGUUCAUACAAAAGUGCAAACCAGAAUACAAGGUUCCGGGGCUUUACGUCAUCGACUCCAUUGUCAGGCAGUCACGACACCAGUUUGGCACGGAGAAGGACGUCUUUGCCCCACGCUUCAGCAAGAAUAUCAUCCCUACGUUCCAGCACCUCUACCGCUGCCCUUCAGAUGAUAAGAGUAAAAUUGUGCGAGUGCUCAACCUUUGGCAAAAGAAUGCUGUCUUCAAGAGUGACAUCAUCCAGCCUCUAUUGGACAUGGCAGCAGGGAUUCCUCCGCCGAGUGUCACCCCUGUCAUGCCAAGCAGCGCUGCCGCGGUCAACAACACUACACCUGGUACCCCAGCUACUCCAGCCACCCCAGCCAACCUAGUCCAGGGUCUGCCAGACUGGGCCUCUCAGAUUACCAACACAGACACUGUGGCUGCUGUGGCACAGAUCCUACAGAGUCCCCAGGGACAACAGCUGCAGCAGUUAGUACAGAGUCUACAGAUGCAGCAACAGAAACCCCAGCCAUCCCUGCUGCAGGCCUUGGAUGCUGGCCUAGUGGUGCAGUUACAAGCUCUGACGGCUCAACUCACUGCAGCUGCUACUGCCAACAGCCUCAACCCCCUGGAGCAGAGGGUUUCCUCCUUUAAUAAAAAACUUUUGGGUCCAUUUGACUUUGGGAAUGAUUCUGAACGUGGCGACGAAUCAAAAAAAGACAGUUCAUCCUCUCAACUACCUAUGGUGUCCGAGCCGAUCAACAGCUCCCUCUUCCACCAGUUAGCAGAGCAACUGCAACAACAGAACCUGGAGCAGUUUCAAAAGCAGCUGUUGGAGCACCAGCAGAAGGCUAUGAGCAUAGAGGGGCAGGAUUCAAUUUUUGGGCAGGAGAACUCUGUUGCGACUGCUCAAAGCAUCAGCCAGCCACAGCUUCCUGAGUCAGAGAACAAGAUGGAUGACUCAAUAGACAACCAACAGCAGGACAUGGAUCUGGACGAGGGCCCAGAUGGAAUGGAGGAGGAGAGCUUUGAGGCGGAGGAGAAGAAGACUGUUAGCACACGCUCCAGAACACGCUCAAGGUCACGCUCCAGGUCCCCCAAGAGGAGGCGAUCUAGGUCCCGCUCUGGCUCACGGAAACGUAAGCAUCGCAAACGGUCACGCUCACGCUCUAGAGAUCGCAAGAGGAAGUCCUCACGGUCUUAUUCUAGUGAGAGACGCGCCCGAGAACGAGAGAAGGAGCGACAGAAGAAAGGGCUGCCUCCCAUAAGAUCCAAGACACUAAGUGUGUGCAGCACAACUCUGUGGGUGGGCCAGGUGGACAAAAAGGCCACUCAGCAAGACCUCACCAAUCUGUUUGAAGAAUUUGGCCAGAUUGAGUCUAUAAAUAUGAUCCCUCCCAGAGGCUGUGCCUACAUCUGUAUGGUCCACAGACAGGACGCAUUCCGAGCCCGCCAGAAGCUCAGCACCGGCUCCUUUAAGAUCGGCUCCAAGAUCAUCAAGAUUGCGUGGGCUCUGAACAAAGGGGUAAAGCAGGAGUACAAGCAGUUUUGGGACGUGGAUCUGGGAGUCACCUACAUACCCUGGGAGAAGGUGAAGCUGGAUGAUCUAGACGACUUUGCUGAAGGAGGAAUCAUUGACCAAGAGACCGUCAACGAUGAGUGGGAAACAGCCAAGAGUGCUGAGCCAGUGAAGGAAGUUACGAGUCAGCAAGUGAGCGCUGAGACCGCAGCUGUAUCAAACUCUCAGACUGAGGCAUACAACCAGCAGGUUACCAUGAUGCCUGUACAGAUCCCAGUUGCCCAGGCGGUUCCCAGUGCAGUAGGUUUGGUACCCCCCACCUACCCUGUCCCCAUGGGUAUACCCCCUCCUGGCUAUGGGCCACCACCACCCUUCAUAAGAGCUGGCUUUAAUGCUGCACAGCCUCCACCAGGUUUUAUGCAGGCAGCACAAACCGCAGGCAUGGCCUCAGCAACUACUUCUCUAGUGCAGCCUUCAGUGGCUACCAGCCAAGAUGCUGUCAAGGAUUCUCUGUUCAGCGCUAUGAUCCCUCCGACCAGCACCAUUCCUGGAAGCUUCAUGCCAUCAGCCCUCCCUGGAGCUGGUGUGUUCAAUCCAGUGGGAAUCCAAACUCAACAAGCCACCAAUGAGAAAACGGCUCAGUCUGCAGAGGGACUAGAUGCUGCUGCAGAGCUCACACUUCAAGGCAUGCAAAAUGCAGUCCGGAGUGGGAUGGGUCUCCUUGGCAUGCACCCUUCAGCUUCCCUUACCCACCCGUUGCAUCAGUCUGGUCUCGCAGGGCAGAGAAUGCCUGGCCUGUUGCCUCUAGAUGUGCGACCCAACCUCCUACAGCCUGGGGCCGCAGCCCGCUUCCCACUCCUCCUGCAGCACGGCCCCACCCAGCAAGCCGUUGGCCUCCUUGAAAGUUCUCUCCAGGCUCAAGCUCGUGCCAGAGCUCCCUUCUCUCAGCUAGACCCCUUCAACAGAGCCCCGAAUCUUACCAAUGAAAAUGUAUCCAAGACAGAAGACAAGUCUUCUGCUAAUGCUGAUGAGGGCAAAGACCAGGACUAUCGCUUCCCCCCGAUGGAAAAGCCGAGCACGGGCCUGCUAAGGACCCCUCCACCAGACCAUAGGGAGACCCUUGGAGGUGGAGCAGGAGGUGGAGCAGCAGGCAGACCUCCUUUGCUCCAGACCCCGGGCUCUCAGCCCCCCAGAACCAGCCUAGUGGGACGACUGCAGGCUCUUGCAGGCUUCACUCCUGAUAACCGGUGGAACCAGGCCAGAGGGGACUUUGAUGAACGAGAUGGGAUGCGAGGAGGCCCACAGGCUCCUGGUGGUCCAAAAGGCUUCCAAGAGGAGCGCCCCACAUCUGGACAAAAUUUCCCCAACCGCUUUGACAGCCGUCCUGGGACAGCAGGAGGAGCUGGGGCUCCUGCAAAUGCUGGUGCUGCUGGUGGGCCACAGACCUGGAACCGAAGUGGUAGCACUACAGCGCCUUUUGACAGCGAAAUACACCAAGACUUAGAUGAGCGAAGACGCCCGUGGGACAGGCAAAGAGACAGAGACGAAAGAGAUUUUGAUUUCAGGAGGGAGUUGAAUGGUAACCGCCACAGCCGAGAGAGAGAUCGUGAGAGGGAGAGGGAGAGAGACAGAGAGCGAGGCCGAGAUCACAGCAGGGAGUUUGAACGGGAGAGAGAGCGUGACAAAGAGAGAGACCGUGAACGUGAGCGUGAACGUGGGGGCUGGACACCUCUCCUUCCUCUUCCUACACCUCUGCUUCCAACUCCACCUCUUAAUCCUAACCUGACCUUGAACCAAGGUAAAAUGCUGGCACCACUCAAAUUAAACCCCCAGAUUCAGCAACGAUUCCAGUCUCCACUCCUGCCUCAAGCUCAGGCCAAACCCCCCCUCAUUGGUCUGAAUCAGCCGCUCCCUCAGGUUCAGAUCAAGACUCCAUCUCCAUCACAGAGCCAAGCAGAUACGCCCGAGGCCCAGUCAGAAACACCAGCUUCGUCUGAGACACCUCAGGCACAGUCGCCACCCGAAGCCCAAUCACCCGAAGCAUCACCUGAUAAUAAAGUUCAGAGCCCGUUGACUGAUGCUCCCAUUCAGGCCAAGUCACCACCACAGUCUGAGACCCCUCCACUGUCAGAAUCCGAAUCUGAAUCACUAUCCCACCCCACAGCCCAGUCCCCCUCCAAGACCACUGCUUCCCCAGACAUUGAGAGCCCAAACCAAGCCCUAGCUUUGGUUGAGGCAUCACCCCAGGACUCACCUGUGGCCUUCACACAAGCUGCCAGCCCCCCUGAAGAGCCGACCCACUUAGUAGAGGAGCAGGACAGCCCACAGAAGAGUGAGGAGGAGGAGUCACAAGAUAGUGCCUCCUCAAGUCAACCCCAGUGGGUCGACGGACCUGGGAUGGACAAUAUCGAUGUGGCUGAACCCACACCCGAGGGCUCUCCUGAGCCCAUUUCAGAGCCUACCUCUGAGUCUGUGCACUCUGAAAGUGAAGCGGAGCAGCUUGCCUCUCCUAAGGACGUAGACAAUGAACAGAGUGAGCCCAUGGAAGAAGCUGCGAGUCAGCCAGUGGUAGACACUGUCACAGACACUGAGGGGACAUAAUCAUCACUCAGUAGGUAAAAGAUCAUUUUGUAAAGUUGUCUCUUCUUCUCUGUACUCAUGUCAGCAAACCACCACCUCCACCACCACACGGGACAUGACGAAUACUGACUGAUAACAAAUGAUUUUAUCUCUCACAAAUACCAGUGUACUUAAAUAGAAGGCUCGUUAGCUGUUUUAUUGAUAGACAUUUUCUUUGUAUUUUAUUUCCGUUUUUAUUUUUUUAAGUUGUAAUGCCACCCCACCCCCAUUUUAUUCAAUUUUAUCAAAUUUUACUGGAUUUUAUCAAAAAGCCUGCCAAAAUGUUUUAAUUGUAUAUGGGGAAAAUAAGCUUUGACCUUCCUAUGGAAGAGAGUAAGACAUCCUGGCUGUUCAACAACAGAUUGAAAACAGUUUACCACAAUACUUGAAUGUGGCAGUCGCUGGCCCUGUUUCUGUCUCCUCUUAUUUUAAAAAUGCUGCUGCAAAGUUUUCAGUGAAUGCUUUUGUGGUGUCCUACAAUGCUUUCUGUUAUCAAGCAGAACAAAUAGCCUCCGUGCAGUGAGACCAGUACAGCUGCUCAUAAUUGGGAAAAAAUAUGAACAUUUUUAAAAUAAAAACAUGAAAAUGUUGUAUCCCCAGAA